UAUAUUAUAUUUAUUAAAUACAUAUUUAUAUAAAGGGUAGAGAUUGGUGGGAAGAGUGACCUUUAGAGAAAUGAAAAAGGAGAGGAAGACAAAGAUGAAAGGAAGAAUAUCAAGAAUAGGAAGCUAUGCAAUCUCAUCCGCCAUUAGAGACCAAAAACACCUUCAACAACCUUGUAAUAUUACAUGUACCACUUUUAACAUUCUUGCCCCUAUCUACAAACGUCUCAACCAUGAGGACCCCAGUUGCCGUGAAAGCGAUUACAGAGCUUUUUGGAUGACCAGAAACCAAAGCAUUUUAGAUUGGUUGUUGUAUGAAAGAUCUUCCAUCAUUUGCCUUCAGAUUCAAACUCUUUGGUUUAAUCAUCAGGAGUUUUGGGUUGGAAAUGAAGAACUUGUUGAUGUAUAUGAGAAGAGGCUUGGUGCUGCCGGUUACAUGAGUUUCAAACUUGGUCGUACGAACAAUCGUGGUGAUGGCUUACUCACAGCAGUUCAUAAGGAUUUCUUUAGAGUUCUCAACUGUAGAGAGUUACAUUUCAAUGAUUGUGGAGACCGUGUUGCUCAGUUGUUACAUGUUGAAUUAGCUUCCCCAGUUUCACAAUGUCGAAACAAUGAUACCAGGCAGGAGAUUCUCAUUGUGAAUACUCACUUGUUAUUCCCUCAUGAUGCAAGUUUGUGUCUUGUUAGAUUGCAUCAGGUCUACAAAAUCCUGCAAUGUGUUGAAUCUUAUCAGAAGGAGAACAAUCUUAAUUCCAUGCCAAUUAUACUUUGCGGUGAUUGGAAUGGAAGCAAAAGAGGACAUGUUUACAAGUUCCUUAGGUCACUUGGAUUUGUUUCUUCUUAUGAUACCGCUCAUCAGUAUGACGAUGCAGAUGCACACAAGUGGGUCAGCCAUCGCAACCAUCGUGGCAACAUAUGCGGUGUUGAUUUCAUUUGGCUUCUUAAUCCCAAUAGCUACCGCAAGUUCCUUAGAACAAGUUGGACUGAAGCAGUAUUUGGCAUGUUCAAGGUCAGUUUUUGGCCUUUGAUUGUGAGAUUUAGCUUCUGGUUUGUUCUAUCUUUGAUGGUUUGCCUUUUGUGUUUUCAGUAUCUUCUAAGAAGAGCUUCACUGACAGAACAUGAUGCAUUUGCAUUUCUCAAGGCUGAUAGCCAUAGCGAUUGCAUCAACUAUUCAGGUUUCUGUGAAGCACUUAGACAGCUGAAUUUGAUUGGCCAUUGCUAUGGACUCAGCGAUGAAGAGACAAAGGAUUUGUGGGAUCAAGCUGAUAUAGAGGGCAAUGGAGUUCUUGACUUCAAAGAAUUUCAGCAGCGGAUUUGGAACCCUGCAGCGUCUGAACAACGUGAUGAAUAUAGCGAGGAAGUGGUUCAAGAGGAUGGUAUGAAGGAUAGCAAGCAACAGACAAUUGGUUUCAGUGUAAAAAAUGCAGUUUUGUUUCCUCCUGAAGUGGAGAAAGGAAGGUGGCCAGAUGACUAUUCUCUCUCUGAUCAUGCAAGACUCACCGUGGUGUUCUCGCCUAUUAGGAUGCCAUGUUCACAACCAAUCUCUUAGCCGGCCAUUGUGAAUUCAAUCACAGAUUCACAUGUGAGACCAGCACAUGAAGAGCCUUGAAGAGAUUAUGAAAUGGGAAAUGAGCUUAAAAGUCCACCAGACAUGUUUUUGAUGCUUUUGAACCAUGUUCAUCAAUGGCUGUGGCUGCACCAUCAAACUUGCUAGCACAGGGCGCGACAUGAGACGCCAUUCCUAUCCUUUGAAGUGUCCUUUUUUCAACUGAUGCAUUUGGCUCAAACAAGAGAAUAGAUAGAUAAAGAAAGCAAAAGAAGAAGGUUAUAAAAGAUUUGUACAUUUGUAAAUAUAGCUGUAUGUAAAACCUUAUAAAAACAAUUAACUCCCUUUUUUGUAGCAUGAUGAUGAGUGAGAAGGUUUUCUUUUCUUGCACAAGAUUUUCUCUUCUUCAACAUGGCUUACUCAUUCUAAUUAAACAGCAUUUGAACAAGUUGAAUUGAAUACACUGAUAUAACUCCA